ACGUGUCACAGCGCCCUCCACAGGCUGCACGCUCUCAAGCUGCCCCAUGUGGAUCGCAUCCUGUUCCAAAAUCCAGCCCGGAUUGAGGUCCUGGACUAGACUCCAGCCCGGGCUGAGGUCUGAGAUCUGCAGAGGACUAUCAGGGUCCAGACCGGGAACCUUGAACGUGUUUGACAGGAUGAUGAAGAAAAGACAGAAGAACUGGGCGGCAUCACUGCCGGACAGUCAGCAAUACGACUACCUGAGAGACGAGGUUGGCAGCAGAGUGGCUGAUCGGGUUUAUGACGUUGCUCGGACGUUCCGUCUGGCUCUGGAUGUCGGCAGUGGAAAAAGUCAUAUUGUGGAAUAUUUACAGAAGGAUGUUGUGGAGUGUUUGUUCCUCACAGACAUCUCAGAGAAAUCUCUGCGGCGGCGACGGCGGCAGCGCGGCGACGUCCCGACUCAGCUCAUUCUGGCUGACGAAGAGUUUCUGCCAUUCAAAGAAAACACCUUUGACCUGGUGGUGAGCAGCCUGAGCCUGCAUUGGAUCAACGACCUGCCCGGGACACUCAAACAGAUCCAUCAGGUGCUGAAGCCCGAUGGCGUUUUCAUCGGGGCCAUGGUGGGCGGGGACACGCUGUACGAGCUGCGCUGCUCGCUGCAGUUGGCGGAGAUGGAGCGGGAGGGAGGAUUCUCCCCCCACGUCUCCCCCUUCACCGCCGUGACCGACGUGGGGAACCUGCUGGGUCAGGCCAGCUUCAACUUGCUGACUGUGGACGUCGAGGACAUUCAGGUUCGUUAUCCAGGAAUCCUUGAAGUCAUGACCGACUUACAGGGUAUGGGUGAGAGUAACUGCGCGUGGAACAGGAGGGCGCUGUUGCACCGAGACGCCAUCUUAGCGGCAGCAGCCAUUUAUAAAGAGAUGUAUGGGAACGAGGAUGGAUCGUUUCCCGCAACCUUUCAGAUCCUUUACAUGAUUGGCUGGAAGCCUCACGAGUCACAGGCCAAACCGGCGCGGCGCGGCUCGGCCACGGUGUCGUUUGGUGAUUUGUCGACACUCACUCAGCCACCCGUCUGAACCUCCUCCAAUUUAUUUAAACCUUUAUUUUUGAGUGUUUGUGUGAAAUAAAUCUGAAUAAAAUCAGC